UUGGUACAGACAGUCAGUGUUUUCCAGCCUCUUGCCCUUUUCCCUGGAUGAGACAACAGAGAAAAAGAGAUCAUGCUGCUAAAGCUACUACUAUAAAUCCUGGGCUUUCACAGUGAUUAGUCCAAAGAUUGUUUGGAAGAACAGAAACUAAUCAAAAGCUGAAGACGUGCUGAUCCACAUGGGCAGUUAUGUGAAACAUCUCUUCAUGAGGAUUAUGGAGAAACAAGAAGAAUGUUAAUCUGCGAAUGUGUGUAAAGUUUUUUUGUUAUGUGCUAAGAGUGAACUAGUGUAAGGGUAGCGAAAAGGAAAGAGCUGAGGAAAACAUUCAGAUUAAGAGAAAGGGAAGGGGAAAAAACAAUAGCUUUAAAAAAAAAAUUGUCACAGCUUGCUAGCAGACAGUUUGGAAUCACAGCUCAGAGAUGGAGGGCUUGUAUACAGAGGGCCCUAACAUUCAUGAGCUGAACACAGAGAUUGGGGACCUCCUGCUCCAAAUCCACAAAGUGACAACUGGACUGGGUCUAAGGAUCAAACAGAAAGUCGUGCACACUGCCAGUAUCCUGUGUAUGCUUCAGCUGUUGAUACUUCUGGCCAUUUUUCUCUAUGUCAGUUUCUAUUAUUCUUUCAUGCCCACCGCAAUCUUCGUCACUCCUGUGCACUUCCAUUACAGAACACUCUCAGACUCUGUCUGCUCCUUUCCUGUGACCAACUUCUCACUGCUAACAAACUGCCAGAAACAGGUGAUGACACCUGGUCAGCCCUAUCAGAUUACACUGGACCUGGAAAUGCCAGAGUCUCCAACCAACAUGGAACUGGGGAUGUUCCUGGUUAAGAUGUCAUGUUACUCCCAUGAAGGACAGAUUGUUCACACUUCAAUGCAAACUACAAUGCUUCACUAUCGCUCAUACCUGCUGCAGACUCUGGAGACUCUGAUGUUGCUUCCUUUGAUGCUGAUGGGAGUAAUUGAGCAGAAGCAGCAUGUCCCGGUCGAGCUUUACUCUUCUUAUGUAGACAGCUCAAAUAAGCCUACUAUUGGAGCUAUUAUAGAAAUCCAAUCUCACCAAGUUCAGAUUUACAAAGCCCAGCUCUACAUUUAUGCUCACUUCCGUGGCAUCAGGUAUGUCCUCUAUCACUUCCCCUUCACAUCAGCUGUGGUGGGAGUGGUGAGUAACUUCAUGUUCCUCAGUGUGAUCAUCCUCAUUGGCUUUGUGCAGGACAGCAGCUUGUGGCCACAUCUACAUUUUGGAAAAUGGAAUAACCCUAGAGAGACGAGAGAAGAUAUACUAGAAGAUACAUAUCAGGGUGAGAGGAACACAUGCUCUGAGGAAAACUGCACAGGCACAAAGACAUGUUUGUUGGAUCCAUCUGAAAUAAAAUCAAGUGACAUCAUGGAUUCCAGUUCUGACAAGAUGGAAGAGACCAUUUUUGACACAGAAGGGAAGGAGAUGGUUAAGACAAAUUACCUAGAAGAUCUUCAUGAUUAACAGGUUUUAUUUGAGGAAGCGGAUGGACAGAUUGAUUUGAAACAUAGAUGUGUGCUUGAUGGAUUGUCAGUUUAAGCUCCUAAAACCGAACAGGUGGAGAGGUUUCAAUAAUAUGAGUUAAGAUUAUGAGCAGCAAAAGGAAAAUCAAGCUGAAGUUUCAUAGUGUGAGUUUCAGUCAUGAAAAAAACUGGGCCUCAUUUAUCAAGCUGGAUAUGAGUGAAUUUAUUUGUAAAUCAUCCAUAGUAGUAUUGACAGAAGAAAUUUGGUAUUCAUAAAAAUCCUAUUAGUUCCUAAGAGAGCUCCUGAGUUUGUGUGUGUGUGUAUGUG